AUGCGGCGCCCAAGGAGGCCUGGGGGUGCUGGGGGCCUCCGGGCGCUCCUCUGUCUCCUGCUGCUGAGCAGCCGCCCGGGAGGCUGCAGCGCCAUCAGUGCCCACGGCUGCCUGUUUGACCGCAGGCUCUGCUCUCACCUGGAAGUCUGUAUUCAGGAUGGCUUGUUUGGACAGUGCCAGGUGGGAGUGGGGCAGGCUCGGCCCCUCUUGCAAGUCACCUCCCCUGUCCUUCAGCGCUUACAAGGUGUGCUCCGACAACUCAUGUCCCAAGGAUUGUCGUGGCAUGAUGACCUCACCCAGUAUGUGAUCUCCCAGGAGAUGGAGCGCAUCCCCAGGCUGUACCCCUCAGAGUCCCGUCCAAGGGACAGGCCUGGCUUGGUGCCCAGGAGAGCUGGUCCUGCAGGGGAGCUGCUUUUACAGGGCAUCCCCACUGGCUCUGCCCCAGCUGCCCAGCACCGCCUUCCUCGACCUCCAGGGGGUGGGGAUGGAGGUGGGGCAGGCUCUCCCCUGUCCCCUCUGCAAGCUGAGUUGCUGCCCCCCCUCUUGGAGCAUCUACUACUACCCCCACAACCCCCCCACCCUGCCCUGAGUUAUGAACCUGCCCUGCUGCAGCCCUACCUGUUCCACCAGUUUGCCUCCCGUGAUGGCUCCCGGGGCUCAGAGAGCUCCCCAGGGAUGGCCAGUGUUGGCCCCCUGCCCAAGACCGAACCCCCUGCCCUCUUCAGCAGAACUGCCCCCAAGGGCAUGUUUGGGGCUCACCCUGGCCACUCCUAUGGGGACCCUCCAGGGCCUUCACCUGCUCAGCUUUUCCAGGAGUCAGGACUGCUUUACCUGGCCCAGGAACCGCCAGUGCCCAGUAGGGCCAGGGCACCAAGGCUGCCGGAGCAAGGGGGCAGCAGCCGGGCAGAGGACUCCUCAGAGGGCUAUGAGGAGGGAAGACUAGAGGGCCUCAGAGAGAAGCUGCCUUCACCAGCAGAGCAGCCAGACGCGACUCUGAAGAGACUGGCCGCUGUGCUGGCAGGCUACGGGGUGGAGGUGCACCAGCUCACCCCUGAGCAGCUCUCCACCCUCUCCGCCCUGUUGCAGCUGCUGCCCAAGGGCACAGGACAAAAUCUGGGAGGGGUUGUAAACAUAGGCGCUGACAUCAAGAAAACAAUGGAGGAGCAGAUGCAGGGCGGAGACACAGCAGAGCCUCCACCCACUACCCCUUCCCUGCCUGUAUACCCCACUGCCAUCCCCACCUCCAAUAAAGCCCAGCAGGUGCUGGGGUCUGGAUCCUCUGAGCCCCCCAAAACUGCUGGCUCUGCAGCCACAUCUGUCCUGCUGGAGAAAAAGAGUCCACUGAGCCAGAGUCAGCCCACCGUGGCGGGGCAGCCCUCAACUCAGCCCUCGGCAGAGGAAUAUGGCUACAUUGUCACUGACCAAAAGCCCCUGAGCCUGGCUGCAGGAGUGAAACUGCUGGAGAUCCUGGCUGAGCACGUGCACAUGUCCUCGGGCAGCUUCAUCAACAUCAGUGUGGUGGGACCAGCCCUCACCUUUCGCAUCCGGCACAAUGAACAGAACCUGACCUUGGCUGAUGUGACCCAGAAAGCUGGGCUGAUGAAGUCCAAACUGGAAGCACAGACAGGGCUCCAGAUCUUGCAGACAGGAGUGGGACAGAGGGAGGAGGCAGCCGCGGUCCUUCCGCGAAAGGCGCACAGCACCUCCCCCCUGCGCUCAGUGCUGCUGACCCUGGUGGCCCUGGCGGGGGUGGCCGGGUUGCUGGUGGCUCUGGCGGUGGCUCUGUGUAUGCGGCAGCACGCGCGGCAGCGCGACAAGGAGCACCUGGCAGCCCUGGGGCCUGAGGGGGCUCAGGGGGACACUACCUUUGAGUACCAGGACCUGUGCCGCCAGCACAUGGCCACAAAGUCCCUGUUCAACCGGGCGGAGGGCCCGCCAGAGCCUUCGCGGGUGAGCAGCGUGUCCUCUCAGUUCAGCGACGCGGCCCAGGCCAGCCCCAGCUCCCACAGCAGCACACCGUCCUGGUGUGAGGAGCCGGCCCAGGCCAACAUGGACAUCUCCACAGGACACAUGAUUCUGGCGUACAUGGAGGACCACCUGCGGAACCGUGACCGCUUGGCCAAGGAGUGGCAGGCCCUGUGUGCCUACCAGGCAGAGCCCAACACCUGCGCCACCGCCCAGGGAGAGGGCAACCUCAAAAAGAACCGCCAUCCUGACUUCCUGCCCUAUGACCAUGCUCGCAUCAAGCUGAAGGUGGAGAGCAGCCCUUCCCGGAGUGAUUACAUCAACGCCAGCCCCAUCAUUGAACACGACCCUCGGAUGCCAGCCUACAUAGCCACUCAGGGCCCGCUCUCCCACACCAUCGCAGACUUCUGGCAGAUGGUGUGGGAGAGUGGCUGCACCGUCAUCGUCAUGCUGACCCCGCUGGUGGAGGAUGGUGUCAAGCAGUGUGACCGCUACUGGCCCGAUGAGGGCUCCUCCCUGUACCAUGUAUAUGAGGUGAACCUGGUGUCCGAGCACAUCUGGUGCGAGGACUUCCUGGUGCGCAGCUUCUACCUGAAGAACGUGCAGACCCAGGAGACGCGCACGCUGACGCAGUUCCACUUCCUCAGCUGGCCGGCAGAGGGCACCCCGGCCUCCACGCGGCCGCUGCUGGACUUCCGCAGGAAGGUGAACAAGUGCUACAGGGGCCGCUCCUGCCCCAUCAUUGUGCACUGCAGCGAUGGUGCAGGGAGAACUGGCACCUACAUCCUCAUUGACAUGGUACUGAACCGUAUGGCGAAAGGAGUAAAGGAGAUUGACAUCGCUGCCACACUGGAGCAUGUCCGGGAUCAGCGGCCUGGCCUCGUGCGUUCCAAGGACCAGUUUGAAUUUGCUCUGACAGCUGUGGCAGAGGAGGUGAACGCCAUCCUCAAGGCCCUGCCCCAGUGAGACCCUGGGGACCCUGCGGGCAGCCCAGCCUCUGCCCCCUCUUUGCCUGUGUGAGCAUCUAUCUGUGUGCCAUCCCAAAGCCCACACCCUACCCGUCACCUUGGCCCCUCUUGGGAAAGCCCAGCCCUCCAGGAGCACUGUGUAAGGAAGGGGAAGCUGGAGGCCAGGCCGCCCAGCCUCGAGGGUGCAUGCUGGAGCCCAGGGCACCCCAGGGGGAGCUGGCAGCUAGCCAGGAGAGAGGAAAAUCAAUUCCACCCAGAGCCUUCUCCUGCCUGAGUUUCCUGGCCCCCAUCUCCCGCCAUCUGGAUGCUCCUGACAUGUCUGUGUGGACCCCCUGCCCCGCCACCCUCCAGUGUGGACAGAGUAGGUUGGAGGGACCGCUAUACCCAGCUCCCCCUGCUUUUCCAGCCCCUGCUGCCUGCCCUCAUGCCUCUGAGACCCAUACUCCACCCAGCCCUUCCUGCUGGCCUCCUCCCUCCGCCCUCACACCAUGUGCUACUCCACUCCCUCUCUCUGGUCCAAGAUAACAUUUCUAGAAAAAUCUACUUUUGUAUCGAUGUGAAUAAAGUUAGUGUGUUGUG